UACAGGAGGGCGGGGCUGUACCUGGGCUGAACCAUUUCUCCACACGGGAGCGGCCGGAUCCCUCCUCUUCCUUGUUUCCUCACUUUUCUCUAGGACGGGGCAGGUGACUUUACGGCGGAAACUGCUCCCAAAACUUCUCCCGUGUGAGGCUCCGGGGCCCCGCAGGCCGUUCAGCACCGGACCCUCCCCUCCCGAAGGACUAUUGGUCGGCUCCGCUGUACCUGGCGCGGCGGUCGCGGCUCUCGGCGGAGUUUUGGGCGGGAGGAGCAGCCAUGGCGGAGCGGAGAGGAGGAUGGCUCCGGGCAAUGCUCUGUGUGUGCGCCCUGACAGGCAGUAGCGGUAUAUCGGUCACCGUGUCCAAUCCCUUCAACGUGGUCAUGUUGUUCCAGCCGAUCACGCUGCGCUGUAACUACGACGUCAACUCCCAGAUGCCGCCCAUCAUCACCUGGAAGUACAAGUCCUUCUGCAAGAAUCGGAUCACAGACGCCUUCAGCCCAUCGAGUGCCGACUCCACCAACAACAACCUGAUGCAGCAGGCAGGAAUUAACCCCUAUGUGGACUGUCCGGACAGCGGCAGGACAGUGCGGAUUGUGGCCACCAAACAAAGCAACGCCGUCACCCUGGGACAGUAUUAUCAGGGUCGGCAGGUCUCCAUUACUAACAAUGCUGAUCUCACCUUCGAUCGGACGGCCUGGGGCGAUGGCGGCGUCUACUACUGUACGGUCGUCUCGCAGGACAUCAAUGGGAACAAUGAGGCCUAUGCUGAACUUCUGGUAUUGGGUAGAACAUCAGAGGACAUCAGGGAACUAUUACCAGGCUUUCAGAUAGAUAACAUGGAAGACUGGCUCUUCGUCGUUCUCGUUAUCCUUGGUGUAUUUUUCGUCUUCCUCAUGAUUGGAAUCUGCUGGUGCCAGUGCUGCCCGCACACCUGCUGCUGCUACGUGUCGUGCCCGUGCUGCCCCGAGAAGUGCUGCUGCCCCAGAGCACUGUAUGAAGCCGGGAAGGCAGCCACAGCCGGGGUACCCAGCAUUUAUGCCCCCAGUAUCUACGCCCCCUCGAUGUACUCCCACCCGAGCCAGGUGAAGUUGCCGCCGCCACCUGGAUCUGUCGUCUACAACGGCUAUGAAUACGACGCAGCAAGCUCAGUAGGUGGACACAGCUCUCAGGUUCCUCUUAUUCGGGACAACGAACCACCGGCAUCUGUUCGCAGUGGCUACCGCAUACAGGCCAACCAGCAGGACGAUUCUAUGAGGGUCCUCUACUACAUGGAGAAAGAACUGGCCAACUUCGAUCCGACCAGACCGGGACCGGCAAACAGCAGAUUUGAAAAUGCUUCUGCAAUGAGUGAGGUCAGCUCCUUACAUGAGGAAGAUCACCGAAACAACCUACGCAACGAUAUCGGACGCUUGAGGAACCAAGCCAUGACUCCUAUACAAGACAUUGAGAUGGAACCAAUGCUGGACAACGGCUAUAGACGUCCCCCGCCACCGCGGUCACAGUACAGUGAUGAUGGAUUCCGGGGCGAGAGGCGAGGACGUACUCGCUCCGUGGACAACUUGGAUGAUCUGGACAGGAGAGAUAGAUACCGCGAUCCUCCUGACAGCCGAAACCGAGGGAGACGCAACUCUGACGAUGACCACAGCAGCAGAGGCUACAGCAGAGACGGCCGCUCCCCUGAACCCCGUGAUGACUAUUAUGGAGGGAAAAGGAGCAGGAGUAGAGACGACCUCCGGGAUAAUAACCGCUCCCGUCAGGAACCAGAGUAUGAUGAUCGAUUCCUUGAAGAUGCCCUGAGAAGGAAGCAGCAGCAGCAGCAGAGAGCGGGCAGCCGGGAUGGGCUAGAUAGCAUCCCCAGUUCUGCUCGCUCAGACGGCAGAAGAAACCGCCGUAAUGAUGAUGAUGAUUUUCCUCCGCCCCCGCCUCCGUAUACAGAAACCGAAUCUGUGUCCUCUAGAGGGAAGAAGCUGAAAAAGGGUGAAGCUCUGAGUCGGGAAAGUCUCAUAGUUUGAACCUCGGACAAAACAAGACGGAAUCUUAUGAAUCCCGGAUAUUCGUUCGUCCUCUUCGUCCUGUCUUGGCCUGGAGUUUGGCUGGGCUUUUAUGAUGUAGAUUAUUUUAGUGCAGGGUUUUUAUUCCUUUUAGUCUUUAUUAUUAAAAAAAGAGAGAAAAAAAACAAAAACUUUUUUAUAACUUAAUUUGUUGAUACAAAAGAUCCACUGUUUGUAAUAUAUAGAGAAUCCGUUUUAUAAUUGUGUAGUCUUUAUACAUUGAUGAAUUGUAUAACUUGAUAAAUUGACAAUUGCUUGGACAUUUUUUUUUUUUUCUUUCUGUACAAUU